AUGACAAAGCCAAAAAGCCAAUCAACAAAGAAAGAUGACGAGGCACUUGUUUUGGAGUAUUUGAAAAAGACUAAUCGUCCAUAUUCUGCAAGUGAGUAUUCGGAUAUUUGUUUAAAUUUGCACAAUGCAGUUGCAAAAAGUGCAUUGACUAAGAUUUUAACGGCUCUUUGUGAUCGUGGUGAUGUUCGGUGCAAGACGUAUGGUAAACAGUCCGUAUAUGUCAUUGAUCAAGAUCAGUUUGAGAAUCCGUCUCCGGAGGAAUUAACUAUCAUGGAUGCAAAAAUUGAGGAUUUGAGACAACAAAUUGCAGUUUUACAAGAUAAGAAUAAGCACAUGAAGCAAUCACUUCAAUUGUUAACUACACAAAAAACAACAGCGGAACUGCAAGAAAUUUCUAAAGAUCUUGAUGAGAAAAUAUCGAUACUCGGUAAUCGGUUGAAUUCUUUGCAAUCAGGAACUGUUCAGCUUAUUACGGUUGAUGAAAUGCAGAAAAUUGACAAAAAUUAUGAACAAAUGCGUAAGAUAUGGAAAGAUCGAAAGGCACUCUUUCGGGACCUUUGGGACGCUGUCUCCGAAGGUGUAGUUUCUCCUUCUGAGCUUAAAGAACGAUUGGGUAUUGAAGAUGAUGAGAUUGACUUUAGUGUUGAUCUUUUAUCUGGUAUUCGAUGA